GGAGGCUCAGACACAAUGAACCGUCAGACAGUGAGGGGUACGCAUGUUGGACCGGGAGAAUUAACACGGUCUUAGUGUGUUAUUGCAUGUAAACGUGCCGUUUCUUUGUUUUAUCCAGUGAUUCUCAAGCUGCUGAGACGCUGUAUGGCGGUAACAAGGCUCUGCUGGAAGCGGUUUGUUCGUCCAGUUUGAUGAAAACGAGGUCGGGAUAAGACGAACGUUACCGUUAGCCCCUCCUGGUCGAUUGUUUUUUAACUCUUGUUUUUGUUUUUUAGCUAAAUACAACAAAGCAAAGUAGAUAACGAUGUCGCUGAUUGCGUCGUCUGAUUAUUUCGCUGCCGAGUGUCUGGUAUCGAUAUCUAGCGGUCCUGUUCUACACAGACCCACCCCGGUCGCCCCCGCCAACCAGCCUGCCUCGGUGGGCCUGCUCCCCGGGGAGCCCGAAGGGUCGAGUGAGGACAGGGAAGUGCGGGACACGCUGAGGCUGGAGGGAGCUAACGUGGUGGCGGUGGCCGGUAUCCUCACCGACCUACACGGCAAGUUCCGCCCCAUGUCGGCCUAUUCGGAGAACAGCAACUCCUCGUGUGGUGGGGAGAGCGGUUACACCACGUUGUCCGACCCGACCACCCCUACCAUGACCCCCACCGCCACCCCGGUCCCCGGACAGCAGCACCAGCAGCGGGCCGGGGGAGCAGGAGGAGGGGUGAAGCGACACCGGUGCACUUUUAACGGAUGCGACAGAGUUUAUGGGAAAUCUUCCCACCUGAAGGCACACAUCCGGACGCACACAGGUGAGAGGCCCUUUCCAUGCGUCUGGCCUAACUGUGUGAAGAAGUUUGCCCGCUCCGAUGAGCUCGCCCGCCACACUCGCACCCACACAGGGGAAAAACGCUUCCAGUGCCCGCUGUGCAACAAGCGCUUCAUGCGCAGCGACCACCUGAUCAAGCACGCCCGCCGUCAUCCCGACUUCAAGCCAUCCAUGUUGGGGCGCAACAGGGGCGCGUCCUCAGCUUCUGAUCCGGACGUGCACAAUUAGGGUGGCGUGGGUUUGCUGUGCACUGACGGGAGCACAAGACGGUCAACGUUAGUUUCAAGUGAACCGACUACAAUCAGAUCCACUAGUUAGGACUUAGCAUUGCUGUGUUGCACUAAAAACAAAUGUGCACGUACACACAAACAUACACACGCAGAGCUGGAUGCGUCUCUGUGUCCACACAGUUGAGUCACAUGAACACUGUCCACCCACUCAACAACAACCAGGGUUGGGUUUGAAAAUUGUUACGAACCUAAGAGAACCGGGGACUCGUUAAGAAAUGCGGCUUUUGGUUCCACUUGUCGUUUCCUGAAAGCAAGACUUUGGACCUACUGUGCUUCCAUUUGCAUCGGCAGUUACAUGAGCGUGUGUGUGUGAUGUUUACAGUAUGGCAGACUAGGCUAAGCCUCAGAAAACCCAAUAAUGAUAGAGUGAAAUGUAAUCACUGCAGUUAAGGAAAGUUAGAGGCAUGAAGGUAGACUUACUGCAGGAUGAUCUGAGAAUGUAGUUUUUACUGUCCUGCAUCAGUAGCAGUGAUAUUAGACCACAAAAGAGUUUUGUGGAUGAGAUCCCAAGAAUUUAAUGCCAGGUAUAUCACAUAAAAGUUGCAAAAGUCCCAGCAUGCCUUGGAAAAGUACUAAACGGUGUUUUGCAACAUAGCCUGCUGAAAUAAAAAUCAGUAGGUUUUAACUGCCAUAGAAGUGAAACACACACAGCUAGCACAAAUAUUGUAUUUCGUUUAAACCAAAAAAUCAAAUCAAGAAUACCUCGUUGUGGAUAUCCACCUGAUGGCAGCAUACGUUUAUCACAGGAAUUCUUUUUUCUGCCUUUCGUAAAAUUUUGAUCUCAGGAUUCGAUAAGAACGAGAAUCACGAAGCAGAUUUCAGUCGAUUAAAAUCAAACCCAACCCUGAAGGUAACCUCAUCGUCUCAAACUGAAACACUUUCACAGAUUGCAGGGAUUUCUUUAUAUUAUUGUCUGUACAAAUCUGCACAUUCAUCAUCAUCAUCAGCCAAAUAAUCCUCUGGUUUUCUUGUGGUUCAUUUCUACCUUGUUAGUAACCUUUAUUUACCAUGAGUAGCACAAUAUUGGGAUGUUAGAUAGUGAGGCGAUGGAUAGACGCUUGUUAAAAAUCUUUGUUUGUUUGUAGCUUUGCUGAUAUUAAGUUCUAGCGGUGACACAUUCCUUCAUGUUUUUUUAAUACGGCUUCAGUAACCAUCUCCGUUGAAGUCAAUAUUUUUUCACAUAUAUCCAAUUCAAGUGUAGAUCAAAUACUCAUUUUAGCCUGAAAGUGGAUCGAAUUUCAAUGUAGAAGAGUUGUUUGCACGCCAUCAUUAAGGCUCCACCAGUUAUCAUCAAUGAAAUGCUGACACAUAAUACACAGCAGUAUUAUGUCUAAACCUGAUGCAAAUGUAUAUAAGCUUUAAGCUUUUAAUGUAGAAAAAAAAUGGUAAUGCUACUAGCAGAAUAAUACACGUGAUGAAUUGUAGUCCUUAUAUUAGGGGUAACAUACAGUACGUAUGCUUGAUAGAAUGGCAUUGCCUGUGAGUGUUGGUGUGUGCGGUUUAUUUUAGAUUUACCUUUUUUUUUUU